AUGGGCGAUUUCGUGGGAGUAAGAGAGGAAGAGGUCAAGCAAGAAAGAAAGGAAAGAAGAAAAAUCCACCACAACAGAGCAGCAGAACAUCCCUUAAAACUAGUUCUAAGUGAAAGUUCCGCUAGUGAAGAAGAAGUACAAGUGUAUCAGCAACUGAUUUCCAGCCUUGAAAACGCUGAAGAAGAAAAACCAAUAGAAAGUGAUGAAGAUGAUUUUGAUGACGAUGAAGAGGACGUUGUAGUAGAAGAAGAAAAAGAAGAACCUAAAUUGGAGGAUAGUAUCCAUGGUGAUGUCACUGUUCAUGAAGAGCAGGAACAAAUAGAUGAAGAGGAAGUGAAGCCUGAUGAUACUAAUGACAUUGUAGCAGAAAGUCAAAAUGAUGAAGAAGAGAGUUCUGACAAAGAACAAGUAGAAAGGGACUUCGGAGAUCAAACAAGGAUGUCAGAUCCAUUUUAUACAAGACUAGGGCUUGAUAUGAGUGAAAAAGUUGCUGAACAGUUAACACUUGGUAAAAUAAUUCAUAGAAAUGAAAUCAAGUGGCCAAGGCUUGGACAGAUGAUAGCAACAUCACAGUGUGAUCAAGAUAUCAAUGUGAAAAUCAGCAAAGAAAAGAAUGUGAAAGAUAUGCAUGUAAGAAAAAGAAUCCUGGAUCAUUUACAAAAGGCGAAUAAACCAUUCAUUACAGAGAAGUCUAGUGAUAUUUUAUCUCCAUUGCAGAGAGAAUUGUUUUCUAUCAUGAACAACUAUCAGGAUUUGAUGUACACAGAAAGAUCCUGCAAAAGUCAAGCUGAAGUGAGAAGCAUAUACUGUCUACAUGUCUUAAAUCACGUUGUUAAAUGCAGAGCCUUGGUUUUGAAACACAAUAAUUUAUUAUCCCAGAAAGAACUUGAUCCAGACUCUGAUGAAACUAAAGACCAAGGCUUGACCAGACCCAGAGUUUUGAUAGUUGUACCAUUCAGGGAAUCAGCUCUACAGAUUGUUGACACAUUUAUUAAAAUGUUGUUACCAGCAGACAAACAACAAGUUGCUCACAGGCAUAGAUUCCAGUCUGAAUAUGGAGAUGAACGACUUAAUCCAUCCAAAUUAGCUAGACCAGAGGACUGGGAGCUUACAUUUGCUGGUAAUAUUGAUGAUCAUUUUAGGAUUGGCAUUGCUAUAACCAGGAAAGGUAUCAGAUUGUACUCAGAGUUCUAUUCUUCAGAUAUCAUAAUAGCAUCUCCAUUGGGUUUAAGAACAUUGAUAGGAGUUGAAGGGGAAAAGCAAAGAGACUUUGACUUUCUGUCAUCUAUUGAUAUUCUUCUUUUUGACCAAUCUGAUGUUUUCCUGAUGCAAAAUUGGGAGCAUAUUCAGCAUUUAAUGGACCAUAUGCAUCUACAACCUAAAGAUUCACAUGGUGUGGAUUUCUCAAGAGUACACACAUGGAUUGUCAAUGAAUGGUCUCAGUUAUACCGUCAGACAUUAUUAUUCAGCAGUGUAACUACACCAGAGAUGAAUGCACUUUAUAGCAAAUACUGUCGUAAUAUCCUUUCAUGUGCAUUGUAUAUCCUGCCAUUUCUGAAGUCACCUGUGUGUAAUCCUGUAUCCAAUGGUAGUAUAUGUCAGAUAGUUACAGCAUUACCACAGGUAUUUCAAAGAAUAGAAAGUUCAAAUUAUUUAGAAUCACCUCAAAACAGAUUUGAUUACUUUACUACUAAGGUUUUGCCUCACUUCCGUGAUCGUGUAAUGUCAGGUACAAUGAUAUUCGUGCCUUCCUAUUUUGAUUAUGUUCGAUUAAGGAACUAUUUUAGAAAGGAAGAAAUCAAUUUUGCACAGAUUUGUGAAUACACAAAGCAAUCCAAUAUUUCCCGUGCCAGAGUGAACUUCUUUGAAGGCAAACGACCUCUAUUGUUAUACACAGAAAGGUUCCACUUUUUUAGAAGGUAUAAAAUCCGUGGUAUUAAGCAUAUUGUCUUCUAUCAAUUGCCAACAUAUCCUAACUUGUACAGUGAACUAUGCAAUAUGAUGAGAGUUGGGAUCGGUAUUGACAACAGUUGUACCGUGGUCUAUUCAAAGUAUGACGUGCACAGAUUAACAGGAGUAGUAGGAACACAACGAUGCGCACACAUGUUGUCAGCUAACAAGAGCAUACACAUGUUUGUAACCGGAGAGGAUAGCUGAGUUGUGAAGUUUUAAGAACCUGAACAUUGUUUAUUUCAAGUGACAAUUACAUUCUAUAGUAGUACAUGAACGAAAGCAAGUGGAGUGGGAGUAGGCAAAAAUGAACGGACGCACUGAAAAGCUUUAAACAUUUUACACAUUGGUCCUAAGAUUAUGAAUGCCAUCAGGGUACAUAUUCAUAUCAUCAAAUAUGUCACACAUUGAACAACACAAAUGUAAAAUUCCUGAGAAUAUAAAAAUUUGACUUACUGUAUCUGUAACAAUAAAUUAAAAAUACAAACUUGAA